UAAUAAAAUCUUUUUUCUUCUUAUGUCUAUUCGAUUUCCCCCAACAAUCCUGAAAUUUUUCAGCGACAACGACAAUUCCACUAGUUUUGAUUCUACCAAUUUGCAACUACAAGUGCAGAAAGAACAUUUUCAGCUUUGAGUUAUAUUAAGAACAAGUUUUGAAGUCGAAUUGGCGACCAGUUUGCUAAUGAUUAUUGAGUGCGAUACAUUAAAAGAGACUUACUUAACAUUGUAGACAACAAAUGUUUUAUGUUUUUUUCACAAUAUGAAAUUCCGUCGUGGUUGCUUAUGAAAACAAUGGUUUUAUUAGUCAAUUAUUUUUUUAUGUGAAUGAAUUAUUUGGAUAUAAUUAGUUUUAAUUUUAUUUAUUAAAUAAUUAUUCAUUAUAUAUUUAUAUUAUAAAAAGAGGACAGGGGUAGUUUCAAAUCCUGCCUCUGUCACUGAACACAUGGUAGGAGUCGGAGCCGUAAAGACGUGCUCUCACUAGCAAAGAGUGGCCUAGUGAAGCCAAAUACUCGGUUACAAAGUUUCCCUUUCGAAAAAAUAUGGGGAAUAUGAACCUCACACGGUUGAGAUAGGCUUAUGAAUCUCGAACACCAAAACAAAAUGAGUCUGGGUGACUCGCUCCUACCGUCACUCUAGAAAAUGGCCAAGUGUAACCACCUCCUAAAGCGUAGUAUAGCGGGUUUGGGUUUUAAUGUCAACCCGGGUCCUAAGUGUGAUGACUACUCCGUGAGUUCUUAUUAUUUAGCAGUGAAAGUGUAGUGAAGGUCCAAACAAGCAAACAAGCAAAGCAGUUAAAGGUUGUUUUCAAGUUGAGAGAUGUCACCCAGAUAUGGUUCCCCCUAGACUGCAGUUAAGCCGAAUUGUAAUUUACCAAGUUCAAUUUCAAUGAUAGUUAUACUGCGGGAGGUUCUUAAACAGACUGCAGUCUCGACUAAAGGUCUCCAGACCCUCUCAAUCUGAGUCCCCAGCGGGCGACUAACCUCCACCGGAGUAAACAGAUUGAGGCCCUAACGAACCAAACCUCCACUACCGAAGUAAAUUCGGUGCAUAAUAGUGAAUUGACUCCUCGACUAAAGUCGUCAAUUCCCUACCUUCAAUCAAGGGUGCUCUAUCAACCUAGGCAGAUAUUCUCUUUCUAGGUUAAAGCAGAAACAACAGAAAUUUGAUCAGGAUUCGUGCCAUUCAAUAAUUCAAACCUCAAUUGAAUAUAAUCAUAACACUGAAUCUGUACUUGGGUUCAUACAAUCAAACCUAACAUACAAAUCUAGGGUUCUUCAUACCCAGGUGAAUAAGAAAGUUACUCCAUAAAGAGAGAUGGGAAAUCUAGCUCAGAUGCGGAAACAAUACUGUGAAGGAUGAGAUUCUGCUUCUGGCACUCAAUCAGCUCUUCUCCAAGCUCAAGUCGGGCUCCAAUGGUGAUGGAGAUCGAUCAAAGGCACUUGCAGAAUCAGGUUCGUCACUUUCUCUCUCCAAGUAUACACUUUUUCUCUCUCAAACUCGGGUCCCCUCUCCUUUGGCUGGAAAUUGGGUUAAAAUCCAGAAAUUCCCGACCACACGGCAGGCCACACGACCGUGUGGCUUUCCCAGCUGCCCGUGUGAGUGUGCAAAACGCCGCGUUUCACUUAAGUGGCUUCAGGUACGCUACACGGCCAAAACCACACGGCCGUGUGGUGUGAGCUCCCUGGACUUUCCGCACGGCCACAAGGGGUCCCCUACACGGCCAGUGUGGCUUGCCCAUGCAAAGUGGUGCCACACGGCCAAGUCACACGACCAUGUGGGGUUUUAGGCAUGCCCGUGUGGCUUCCUCAGCUUCUCGCCAAACGUCCAAUCUUCGUCCAAUCGACCCCGAACUCUUUCCCAAGCCUUAAUUCACGUACUAGGACCUGAAAUAUUACAAACAAGAACAACCUAGCGUGAAAUCGGCCUAGAACACGAAAAAUAAGACUCAAACGGUAUAAGAAUGGUGGACAAAAACAUGUGUAUAUAUCAAGUCAUCACUGGGUUCGCUAGGGAAGUUGAACGAGAAUGAUGAGCAAUACUAGCCAACUUUAAAUAGCUUAUGAUAAAUUGGCCAUCGUCACCCCUCAUGAUGGUGCAUGUUGUCGUACUAUUAGGAGAGUGGACGAUUAAGUCAUAAGUGUUAAAGCAUGUCCAUCCAUGUUGUGUUGUUGUCCAAUGGAUAAGUUGACGUUAUGGAGUCCUCCCUACUCCAAAUGGCCUGGUCCCCUCUUAUAAGGCAAGUAUAUUAUGUUCCCUGAGUUGUCUUGCACAGAACUGAAGUUGCACAGUUGUCUCAAGCUUGUCAUGAAACUGAUGAUUAUUCCGUUUUUUCCACAGUAGCCAACACGUUCAUGCUAAGAGUGGAAUAUUAAUAAUACAGCUCCUGCCCGUGGCACAAUGUAGGAUCCAUUUUGUUAUGUUAUAGAAGAAAAGCUCGUAUGACUCAUUAUCCAGGCUCCCCGCCCAAAAAUGCUCUCGCGAACUAGCAUUCGCAGAGUAUGUGAAUAACGAUUUUCGGGCCACCCCCACAAAUGGGACAUCCAACAUGUUGCAUGUGUUAGCGGUUUCUUCUUCCUCUCGAAGUUUGUAAGAAGGCUUUGGCUGUUGGCAAGCCAACUCGAGACCGAAGCUUGACAUAUAGAAUACAAUACACUCUUUUUCCUUUUUGGAUUAUCGCGGUUAAUUUUUUUUUAUCUUAUUCAAGAAAUUUAUAAAUAAGCUCUUCAUAAUAUAUUUAUUAAGAUCAAUCUUGAUAUAUUUUGGACAUGUGAUUCCAGGUUUUUGUAUGAUUUUACAAACUCCUUUUUGUAUGAAAAACACAAAUAUUGCACAACACUACAAGCAUAUUCUCGACAUGCAUUAAGAGUAUCUACAAUAUGUGGUCAAUAAGAAUAUUCACAAUUCGAGUUAAGAGUAUUCAACGUGAAUGCUUCAAAUGUUGUGUAAGUUGUAACUUGUAUGGAUAUGUAAAAUAUGUGUUAACAGUUCAGGUACACACAAAAAAAUACAAUGGAAAAACAUAAAAAAAUAUAUAAAACAUUGAUAUCAUUAGAUGUAAAAAAUAAAUUAAGAAGAAUUCAUUUACAAAUUACAAAAAGGAAAAACGUUUUAUACCUCAAAAAAUACAAACAAAUUAUGAAAACAAGAGUCGACAAGAUAACCGUGCUGCUUUAACCAACGGGCUUGGCUUGCACAGCCGUGUUUGGGCCAAUGAAUCUGGAGAACUGAGUGGACGAAAGUGUGUGGGCUACAAUAAUUGGCACCACCUCCUCAACUGGAGUCACCGACUGAUUAAGCACCGGAACUUUCUUGAUUAAGUCAGUUUGUUCCUCUCCAAAAAUUACACCGUCGACGAGUCUUGUUCCCGCCAGCCGCUGCAGAGAAACAGCCGGCGGAGAUCCACUGGGGACGGCGCCGGAAGGAGAAGAAAGACUGUAGUAGAACAGUGAUGGAGGCAGAAGUGGCAGCAGCUUCUGAGCUGGCUCUCGCGGACACCAACAUUAAUUGGGACAGGCUGGACAAGACGAGGUUUCACGCGUUUGGAGCCGUACUGUUUACCGCGCAGCAAGGGUUGCUCCACCCAACGGCGGUGGUGAAGACCAGAAUGCAAGUGGCCGACGGAGGGAUUCCUCAAAUGCGGGGGUUUUCCGUGUUCAAAAGCAUACUGAGGAGCGAUGGAAUUGCAGGGGCUUACAGAGGGUUUGGGACAUCUGCGGUUGGAUCGCUGCCUGGCAGGGUUUUGGCACUGACAUCCCUAGAAGUCUCCAAGGACAUGACCCUGAAGUACAUGGAGAAAUUCGAUAUGCCGGAGGCCACUAGGCUCGGCAUUGCAAAUGGAGUGGCAGGCAUGUUGUCGAAUCUAGUUUCUUGUGGCUACUAUGUGCCUUUGGAUGUGGUGUGCCAAAGGCUAAUGGUGCAAGGGCUUCCGGGGACAACAGUCUGCCACGGGCCACUCGAUGCCAUGCGCAAGGUCAUCAAAUCGGAAGGGCUUCGAGGUUUAUAUAGAGGUUUCGGACUAACUGCAUUGACUCAAUCCCCAGCUUCUGCUCUAUGGUGGGGUGCUUAUGGUGCUGCCCAACACCUUAUCUGGAGUGGCUUAGGAUAUGGAGAUGAAUUAGCGGAGAAGAUGGAGAAACCAUCUCAUGUUGAGAUGAUUACAGUUCAGGCUGCAGCUGGGAUGGUAGCAGGUGCUUGUUCGUCAGUGAUCACUACACCUGUGGACACUGUCAAGACGAGACUCCAGGUGAUGGACAACUAUGGUGGCGGGAGGCCUUCGGUGAUGAAGACAGUGAAGAACCUUGUUAAGGAAGAUGGAUGGUGGGGUUUCUAUAGAGGGUUUGGACCGCGAUUCCUGAACAUGUCGUUGUAUGGCACUACCAUGAUUGUUACGUACGAGCUCAUAAAGAGACUUUCGGUAAAGCAAAGGAAUUAAACUGGAGACAGGAUCAGAUUUCAUUUGCCUGCCAAACUCGGCCAUUUCCUCUUGUAUUGUAAUUUCACACUCUAUUACUUGCUCCUGUAUUAUUCUUUGACUGUGAUAACGAUGCUGAUUAGAGGGCUUGAUUCAUAUUCACAAAUGCUUGUGUCUCUGUGGAACGAAUUUUCCAGAAUAAUAAAAAAAGGAUUUAUGCAUACAGCAUAUAUGCUUUUUUGUUACUUGUUUUAGUCGACGGCAGGUUCCUUGUUUUAGUCGACGACAGGCGAAGCUGCCGUCGCACCCUGGUCGCCUCAAAAAAUUAAUUAAUUACUUAUUAAAUG